GUCAAAAGCGCCACAAAUCUUGCUUUCCUUCUCUGUACGUACUGAAUGGAGUCCCAGCUUCCCCGCCCCCAUGGGACGAGUCGCGCUGCCACGCUUUGGCUACUUCACAGCAUCGCUGCCAUAGCUCUUGCUGCCUGCUCCAUGUCCGAUGUGCAGGGUGCUCAUGGGAAUGAAACCGACCGACUUGCUCUGUUGGAAUUCAAGGCCAAAAUAAUAGUUGACCCACUCAGUGUCUUGAGCUCGUGGAGCUCCAGCCACCAUUAUUGUCAGUGGCACGGAGUUACUUGCGGCCGAAGGCACCAGAGAGUCACCAUAUUAGACUUGCAAUCGCAAGAACUGUCGGGGACAAUUUCCCCGCAUAUCGGGAACCUGAGCUUCCUGAGGGUGCUCGAUCUCCAGAACAACAGCUUCUAUUCAAGGAUUCCCCUUGAAGUAGGUCAUCUGUCGAGACUGCUGCAUUUGUACCUCAAUAACAACUCACUCAGUGGACCGAUUCCUCCCAGCCUCUCCAGUUGCUCCAAUCUCGUCAGCACCAGACUCCACAACAACAAGCUUCAGGGGUACGUUCCUGCAAAUCUCAGCUCCCUGUCCAAGCUCAGAGAGCUUUGGAUGGGGGACAAUGGUUUGAGCGGAGAGAUCCCACUUUCCGUUGGAAACUUCUCAUCUUUAGAGUAUCUUCAUUUGGGAAAUAAUAAGCUUAGGGGUACGGUUCCAGAUACUCUCGGCAACUUGAGAAACUUAAUUUUUCUCUCUCUUGCGAAAAAUAAUUUAGUUGGAAAUUUUCCUUCGUCACUCACCAACAUUUCUUCCAUGGAAGCUCUUGAUUUGGCCAUUAACCAAUUGGUGGGUUCCUUGCCGUUGGACUUGGACAUCACUCUUCCAAAUCUCCAAUUUCUCUCGGUGAUGUAUAACCGGUUCACUGGAUCUAUCCCCAAAUCGAUAUCCAACAUGUCCCAACUAAAUGAUUUUCAAAUUACAUCCAACAGUUUCACUGGGGACGUUCCGUCUUUCCGAAAGAUGAGUAACCUUCUCUUUUUGGGUAUUGGUUCAAAUUAUCUGGGAAGGGGGCUAGCCAAUGACCUCGACUUCCUCUGCUCCUUGACAAAUGCCACAAAUCUCUAUUAUCUUGGUAUAGGUAAUAACAGUUUUGGAGGGGAAGUGCCCAAAUGCAUCGGCAAUCUGUCCAUCAUUCUUGACAUGUUUGUGUUGGAAGGAAAUGCUUUAUCCGGAACCAUGCCCAGUAGUAUCGGGAAUCUCAUAAAUCUGGAGGUGUUGUCAGUGUCGCUUAACAAUUUUUCAGGUAGCAUUCCUCCCGAAAUUGGAAAUCUCAAAAAAGUGAAGGAAUUGUAUCUCGCAUACAAUAUGUUCACCGGAGAGGUCCCGCACACGCUCGGGAAUUUGUCAAUGUUGGCUCACCUGUCCAUGAGUAAAAACAAUCUUCUGGGCACCAUACCUUCCUCUUUGGGCAAGUGUCAGAGCUUAUCAUUUCUAGAUCUUGCAGAUAACAGCUUGCUGGUGCCAUACCCCCUGAGAUUAUGGGCCUGUCUUCUCUAUCAAUCUAUGCCGAUUUCUCAAUGAACAAUCUAACAGGCGAGCUUCCUGUGGAAAUAGGGAAUCUGAAAUAUCUAGGCGAAUUACAUCUCUCGGGGAACAAGUUGUCAGGAAAAAUUCCAAGUAGUUUAGGUAGUUGUACGUCGUUGGAGUACUUGUACAUGGGGGACAACAUGUUUACAGGUCCCAUCCCUUCAACUCUGAGUUCCUUACGGGGGAUUAAAAAGUUAAAUCUCUCCCACAACAGGCUCUCUGACCAAAUUCCCGAUUUCUUGGAGGAUCUCAAUCUUACAAGUUUAGAUCUGUCUUUCAAUAAUUUUCGGGGCAAUCUGCCUACGAGAGGAGUUUUUGCAAAUACAAGUGCAACCUCAGUUUUGGGAAAUGAGAAGCUUUGUGGGGGUCUACCUGAAUAUCGGCUGCCCAAAUGUAAAUCAACCGGUAGAUCAACUAAUGGCAGAGUGAGAAAUGCUUCUAUCUACACGGUGUCGGGGAUCUUGGCAAUAGCGUUUAUGCUCUCGUUACUUUGUUUCCUCUGGCAUAGGAAAUAUAGGAAAACAGUCGCUUCCAGCUCCUCAAAAGACCGGUUUCUGAAAGUUUCAUAUCAAGACCUACUGAAAGCAACUGAUGGGUUCUCCUCUGCCAAUCUGAUCGGGACCGGUAGUUUUGGAUCAGUGUUUAAAGGGGUUCUUGCUUUGGAUCAGACAACCAUUGCCGUGAAAGUGCUUAAUCUUGAUCGUCAUGGUGCAUCAAAGAGCUUCAUUAAAGAGUGCGAGGCCUUGAGAAACAUCAGGCAUCGAAAUCUUGUUAAGGUACUCACGGCAUGUUCGGGCACUGAUUACCAGGGCAAUGACUUCAAGGCCUUGGUAUAUGAGUUCAUGGUCAAUGGGAGCUUGGAUGAGUGGCUGCAUCCACGAGUUGGAACGAGUGCAGAGAGAGAGGUUAUACCGAGGCAAUUAGGUCUUCUCCAGAGGGUGAAUAUUGCCACAGAUGUUGCUUGUGCUUUAGAUUAUCUCCAUCAUCAAUGUGAAACACCCAUGGUGCACUGCGAUCUUAAGCCAAGCAAUGUCCUCAUUGACGGUGAAAUGACUGGGCAUGUAGGUGAUUUUGGGUUGGUCAGGUUCAUGCCAGGAGCUACUGGGGAGCUGAUUUCUGAGCUGACAAGUUCUAUUGGAGUAAAAGGAUCUCUCGGCUAUAUUGCCCCCGAGUACGGAGAGGGGGCUGAGGUGUCAACUCAUGGAGAUGUUUACAGCUACGGCAUCCUCAUGCUGGAGAUGUUCACAGGGAAGAGGCCCACCGAUGACAUGUUCAGGGAUGGGCUGAACCUUCAUCUCUUUGCCAAGGCAGCCUUUCCGGAGCGAGUUCUGCAGAUAAUUGACCCUGUCUUGCUCCGGGAGAGUCACGACGAGGAUGAUGGCCGAGACAUCAGGAGAACUCAAAGGAGCCACGACAGGUUCCUUAAGAUUCAAGAGUGUCUGGUCUCGAUAGUGGAAAUAGGAUUGGUCUGCUCUUCCGAAGUUCCAAUUGGCAGGAUGAGCAUGAGAGACGUUGCAGCUGCUCUGCAGGCAAUUAGGAAGAAGCUUACCGGAAGCUGAGGAUAUUGAAGACAGUAAAAGAUGCGGUCUAUGUUACAUCUAAAUGAGGGUACUUUCACGUUGUUUUUAGAAUGUAUUUGGUAAGUUGUGAUGUUGUGGUUCGACUCUAAUUCCACUAUUACAUAUGCUUCCCUUUUCUCAUGAGCUGAAUGUUGUGAUGUUGUUUGAUUUCUCAUCGCAGAUUUCUGAUUUUUCUUUUACAAAACAAACUAAACAUUUAUAAUGGCUUAGCUACCAA